AUGAGCGAAAAAGAGGAUCGAAACGGUGAACAAGGUUGGUUUUUGGGUGGAAAAUUAGAUUUUUCAUGGUUUUUUCCUAGUCCGCGGCCUAGAAAACCAAAAAUUCAAUUUUUCUCUUCCAGAACCAUCAUCUUCCGCUUCCUCCUCUUCAAAUCCUAACAAAAAUCGGCGACUUUUUGAUUCCAACGAAUUUUCGGAUGAAUCCGAUGUUUCUAUUGACAAUGAUGGUUGGUUUUGGCUGAAAAUCAAUAAUUUCAGCCAAAAAUCAUCUUCUAAUUUUCAGAUCGAACUGGCGCUGAAACUGAUGGUUCGACUUCUAGCCGCGGAUGUUUGAAGGGCGACAAAAAAUCGUCAGGAGUUGGCGCAAGUUCCAGUGGAUCUAGUCGACCUGUUAGAGCUCCACAACAGGUAGAAAAUCUGGAAAUUUUUGGCUGAAAAUCGUCUGAAAAUCGAAAUUCUUGCAGGUUUCUUGGUCUUUCGCUGCAAAAGCUUCAACUCCACACAGCCAACCACCUCCAGGCAAAAAAAGUGGGUUUUUAAUGGGGGGAAUACGGAAAUAUCAACGGAUUUCGCCUACUUGGACGAAAAUUGUGUGAUUUUUGGGUCUGGGGACGAAAAACCUAGCGGUUCUUACCUACCAGGACGAAAAAAACGUGAUUUUUUGUUUUACGACGUGAAUAUUCACGGAUUUCGCCUUCUUGUAUGAAAAUAGCACCGUUUUUCGACUAGGGACAGAAAAACUAGCGGUUUUUACCUAACAGGACGAAAAAAAUGUGAUUUUUUGUACUACGACGUAAAUAUUGACGCUUUUCACCUACGAGGACGAAAAAAACGUGAAUUUUUGUAUUAUGACGUAAAUAUUGACGGAUUUCACCUACUUGGACGAAACUUGUGUGAUUUUUGGGCCUGGGGACGAAAAAAACGUGAUUUUUAGUUUUACGACGUAAAUAUUGACGGAUUUCACCUACCGUGAUGGAAAUUGCAUGAUUUUUGGGUCUGGGGACGGAAAAACUAGCGGUUUUUACCUACCAGGACGAAAAAAAUGUGAUUUUUUGUACUACGACGUAAAUAUUGACGGAUUUCACCUAAUGUGAUGAAAAUUGCAUGAUUUUUGGGUCUGGGGACGGAAAAAUCAGCGGAUUUUACCUACCAGGAUUUAAAAAACGUGGUUUUUUGUCUAGGGACGGAAAAACUAGCGGUUUUUACCUACCAGGACGAAAAUCACACUAUUCUCCCCCCUACUGACGUCAAAAAUCACGUCAUAUUUUGCCUACCCGUUCCUCCUCCCCUUUCCACCCUUUUUUUCAAAAAAAAAAAAUCAAAAAACCCAUUUUGAUCCCCUUGGGAAUUUUUGAAACAUUUCAUUUUUCCUCCAAACGAACACUGAAAAAAAUUAUUAUCGAUUUUUUUCAUCACAAUGCGAACAGCCGCGCCUUUUUUCCGUCCCGUUUCUGAUUUUUUUUCAUUUUUUUUCAAUGUGGUAGGGGAAUUUGGGUGUGAUUUUUGACAAAAAUUGGUUCAGUAGGUGAAAAAUAGCGAUUUUUCCAUCUAGAAUCGUCCGGUAGGCAAAAAAUGGUGUGAUUUUCGUCAUCCUGUGAACUUAACGUUAAAAAAUCGUCCGGUAGGCAAAAUAUGGUGUUUUUUUCCAAUUUUCCCACAAAUUAUCCUUAAGUAGGCAAAAUAUGGUGAGAUUUUAGUCAGAAAAUUCCAAAAAAUAAUUGAAUUCUCUCAUUUUUCUCUUCCAAAUCCCUCGUUUUUUCCCAUUUUUUUGCUCCAAACUGGACACGUUCCUUUUUUUUCUUUGGUUGGCUUUCUGAGUUUCUCUAACUAAUCUCUCUCUCCAUUUUUUCGCCUUUUUUUUGUUAUGGGAAAAUUUUGGGACGGACGCCAUGCAAAAACAUGUGAUUCUCUUAUAUUUGCUUAACACACUUGACUGAAUUCACUGAUUGUUUGAUUUGAUUUAUGUACACGGGAUUUUGAGGGGGAGCCAGGGGAAAAUGAAUGGAAAUUCGAGAUUUCCAGAUGAAAAUCACCCGUUCCAAGUCCUUUUCUGAAAUAUCUGAUAAAAAUCUGAAAACUGGAAUUUUCAGCACAACUUAUGGGACGAUUCAGUAACUAUAAACUAGUUUCUGAAUCGUCCCAUAAUUUGUGCUGAAAUUUCGGCAUUUUUCAAAUUUUUAUUGGAAUUUCAGCGGAGAUGCGGAAGCUAUGCCCAAAAUGCGAGCGGAGCGAGUGUAAACCGCUAGAUUCCGCGAAGCGGCACUAUCUUCCGCUUUAGCGGCCACGUGGUUUACUAUGAUAUGGUAAACGUCAUUUUAAUCCGCGUGGCCGCUGCGCGGAAGCUUGCGGUCUACACUCGCUCCGCUCGGAAACCUUUUCCAAGUCCAUUUCUGAAAUAUCUGAUAAAAAUCUGAAAACUAGAAUUUUCAGCACAAAUAAUGGGACGAUUCAGUAACUAUGAAUUAGUUCCUCAAUCGUCCCAUAAUUUGUGCUGAAAUUCCAGCAUUUCUCAGAUUUUUAUUGGAAUUUCAGCGAAGAUGCGGAAGCUAUGCCCAAAUUUUGAUCGAGCGACGCAAGUCGCGAGUGUAAACCGGAAAAUUCCGCGAAGCGGCACUAUCUUCAGCUUUAGCGGCCACGUGGUUUACUAUGGUAUAGUUUCCACGUCAGCAAAUCCUGUGACCGCUGCGCGGAAGCUUGCGGUUUACACUCGCUCCGCUCGAAAAUCCCUUCCAUGUCCUAUUCUGAAAUAUCUAAUAAAAAUCUGAAAACUGGAAUUUUCAGCACAAAUUAUGGGACUAUUCAGUAACUAUGAAUUAGUUCCUCAAUCGUCCCAUAAUUUGUGCUGAAAUUUCAGCAUUUUUCAGAUUUUUAUUGGAAUUUCAGCGGAGAUGCGGAAGCUAUGCCCAAAUUUUCCGGAAUUUUCAUGAAAAUCUUGGCCACUUUUCAGCCUAACGUUCAAAAUUAGCCUAAAUAACCCUUUUUUUUCCAGCCGCAACUCGAAAAUCAUCAUUAGCUUCACGUGGAACCGGUUCAGCUUCAUCAUCUGGUCACACUUCACCUUCUCCUUCUGAAUCACCGGCUCGCGGAGCAGCAGCGGAGAAUCAAGGAGAAGCUGGAGCUGAAAGAGCAUCAUUGGCCACGCCGCCACUUCCACCAGCUUUGAAACAACAGCAAAAGGUGAGUGGGAAAUGGAUUUUGAGCAAAAUUGAUGAAAAAGUGCAAAUGCGCUCUAUUGAACACUCCCCGUUUUUCCUAAAAAUUCAAAUUUUCAUUUUUUUUUUGUUCUGAUGAAUUUUGACCCAAAACAUCCUGAAAAUCGUUUAUUUUGCCUAAAAAUAGUUGAAAUAAUAAAGAUUGAGAUGAAAUUAAUGAAAAUUGACCCAAAAUCGUGAUUUUUAGCUCAAAAUAGCAAAUGCGCUCCAUUGAACUCUCCCCGUUUUUCCUAAAAAUUCAAAUUUUCAUUUUUUUUUCGCAGGAACAAAUUUAUCGUGGACAACGAUCAAUGUCAUUGGGAGGACCAGCUCAUGAAAGGCUUAUGUCACAAUUGAGUGAGUUUUCCGCAAGCUUCCGCGAAGCGGCACUGUCUUCCGCGUUAGCGGCCACGCGUAAGAGCCUAAAAUGGUAGCUGAAGCGGAAUCUUUGCGGAAGAUUGAAAUUUCAAAACUUUUUUUUCCGCAGGUUGCCGCCCGGGCAAAACUGUCGAUUUCACGCCGGACGAAAAUGACAAAAUCUGCCUGUUAGUUGACGGAACCCGUUUUUUGGUCUCACAACGACUUUUGAUGGGAAAACCCGAUACAAUGUUAGGCAGAAUGUUCACAAUUCGAGCGAGUUGCGGUGAUUUUGGCGCGGAUUUCGUGCAACCAAAUGAUCGCGAUGAAUUUGAAGUUGCUGAUGGAUUGUCGGGACAAUGUUUCAGAGCGGUUUUAGAUUAUUAUACGACUGGAACUAUGAUUUGCCCGAAUAGUAUGUCGGUUAGCGAAUUGAGAGAAGCUUGUGAUUAUUUGAUGGUGCCUUUCAAUGCGGGAACUGUGAAGUUAGUAAAGGGAUGAAAAUAGGGAGUGUAAACCGCAAGUUUCCGCGACCAUGCAGGUUACUAUGAUAUGGCAAACGUCAUAGUAAUCGACGUGGCCGCGGAAGAUUGCGGUUUACACUCGCUUCGCUCGGAAAAAAAACAAGCUUCCGCGCAACGGCCACAUGCAGGCAUUCCGCGUGGCCGCUCCGCGGAAGAUAGUGCCGCUUCGCGGAAUUUUCCGGUCUACACUCGCUUCGCUCGAAUCUCCAAGUCCUAUUCUGAAAUAUCUGAUAAAAAUCUGAAAACUGGAAUUUUCAGCACAAAUUAUGGGACGAUUCAGUAACUAAUUUGUGCUGAAAUUCCAGCAUUUUUCAUAUUUUUAUUGGAAUUUCAGCGGAGAUGCGGAAGCUAUGCCCAAAUUUCGAGCGCGUGAAGCGAGAGUGUAAACCGGAAAAUUCCGCGAAGCGGCACUAUCUUCCGCUUUAGCGGUCUCGUGGAUUCACUAUGACGUGGAAACUGUACCAUGCUAAAUCCACGUGGCCGCUAAAGCGGAAGAUAGUGCCGCUGACGCGGAAUUUUCCGGUCUACACUCGCUCCGCUCGAACCUCCAAGUUCUAUUCUGAAAUAUCCAAUAAAAAUCUGAAAAACUGGAAUUUUCAGCACAAAUUAUGGGAUGAUUCAGUAACUAUAAAUUAGUUUCUGAAUCGUCCCUUAAUUUGUGCUGAAAAUUCCAGCAUUUUCAGAUUUUUAUUGGAAUUUCAGCAGAGAUGCGGAAGCUAUGCCCAAAUAUUGAGUUUUUCGAGCGAAGCGAGUGUAAACCGCAAGCUUCCGCGAAGCGGCACUAUCUUCCGCUUUAGCGGCCUCGUGGAUUUGCUAUGACGUGGAAACUGUAGUGAUUGCUACCGAGUGGUUUAUCAUUGAAUAUCAUUACAGUUUCCACGUCAUGGAAAAUCUACGUAGCCGCUAAAGCGGAAGAUAGUGCCGCUGACGCGGAAUCUAGCGGUCUACACUCGCUCCGCUCGAAAAAUCCCUGCCAUGUCUAUUUCUGAAAUAUCGAAUAAAAAUCUGAAACUGGAAAUUUCAGCACAAAUUAUGGGAGGUUUCAGUAACUAGUUUAUAGUUCCUGAAUCGUCCCAUAAUUUGUGCUGAAAUUCCAGCAUUUUUCAGAUUUUUAUUGGAAUUUCAGCGGAGAUGCGGAAGCUAUGCCCAAAUUUUCUAGAAUUUUUCUUCAAAAACUUGUUCCAGGUGUCAAGAUUUGCACGCGCUUCUCCACGAAUUGUCAAAUGAAGGAGCCCGUGAACAAUUCUCGCAUUUUUUGGAAGAAAUCAUAUUUCCCCAAUUGGUUGCCUCAACAGAACACGGUGAACGAGAAUGUCAUUUGGUUGUAUUAUUAGAUGAUGAUUUAGUCGAUUGGGAUGAUGAAUAUCCGCCACAAAUGGGUGAAGAAACCACUCAUGUUGUAUAUUCGACACAUUUGUAUAAGUUCUUUAAAUAUGCGGAGAAUCGGGAUUGUGCGAAGCAGGUUAGGAGGGAAGAUGAGCCAAAAUUUGGGAUUUUUUGAUGAAUUUUGAGCUGAGAUACGAAAUUUUGCGUAAAAUGACUCUAAAUUCAUGAUUUUCGGACCAAAAUGAACUAAAAUACGGUGUUUUUAGUCAAGAUUCGACCUGGAGAACUUAUUUAAUAUAAAAAAUUAGGUAGAACCCAGAUUUUGGGUUCUACCUAAUGCUCAAAAUGAUCCCCUUCAUGGGAAAAAAUGGAUUUUUUAAAUGAAAAUUAAAAGAUUUGGUUGAAAAUACUCUAUUUUUACAUAAAAUUAGCUGAAAAUCCUCAAUUUUAACUGAAAUUUUGAGAUUUUCAGUCUGAAUCUGGGAACUUUGACAUUUUUUAAAUAAAAAAUUCCAAAAAUUCGAGCGACUCAAGUCGCGAGUGUAAACCGGAAGCUUCCGCGUCAGCGGCACUAUCUUCCGCUUUAGCGGCCACGUGGUUUAGUAUGAUAUGGCAAACGUCAUAUUAAUCCGCGUGGCCGCUUACGCGGAAGCUUGCGGUCUACACUCGCUCCGCUCGAAAACCCCUUCCAAGUCCUAUUCUGAAAUAUCUGAUAAAAAGCUGAAAACUGGAAUUUUCAGCACAAAUUAUGGGACGAUUCAGUAACUAUAAACUAGUUUCUGAAUCGUCCCAUAAUUUGUGCUGAAAAUUCCAGCAUUUUUCAGAUUUUUAUUGGAAUUUCAGCGGAGAUGCGGAAGCUAUGCCCAAAUUUUCUAGAAUUUUAACCCAAAAACUUAUAAAUUUUCAGCCUAUGCUUAUAUUUUCAGGUUUUGAAAGAGCGUGGUUUGAAAAAAAUCCGACUUGGAAUGGAAGGAUAUCCAACGCAUAAAGAAAAAGUGAAAAAACGAUUCAAUAAAGCCGAAGUUAUCUAUAAUUAUGUCCAACGGCCAUUUGUGCAUUGCUCAUGGGAAAAAGAAGAAGCGAGAAGUCGACAUGUUGAUUUUGCGUGUCCAAUUGUGAAGGUGAGAGAAAAUGUGUUGAAAAUUUGCGAGAUUUUGAGCUAAAAUUGAUGAAAAAUAGCAAAUGCGCUCCAUUGAACUCUGUCCGUUUUUAGGGAAAAUUCAAAUUUUCUUUUUUUUUUCUCUGCGGGAUUCUGAGCUGAGAACUUUGAUUUUUGCUAGUUUCCAGAAAUUUCGGUUUAUUAUCUGAAAAUUAUAAAAUUUAUUCUUGAAAUUAUAGAAAUUUGACUAAAAUUAUGGUUUUUGAGCUGAAAACCAUGAAAAACAAGCAUUUUCAAGCCAAAAAUAGCAAAUGCGCCCCAUUGAACUCUACCCGUUUUUCUGAAAAAUUCAAAUUUUUAUUUUUUUUGCAGUCGAAAUCGAAUCCUUCGCUGGCAGCAGCUGCUUCUGAUCCUCUUCCCCAACCAGCUCCACUUCAACAACAACAUCGAGUUGCUGUAUUCGGAGAAGCUGCUCCAUUACAACAACAACAUAAUCCAAUGUUUCUACAUCAACAACAACCAUUUAUGGGAAUUGGAAUUGGAGUGGGAGCGGGAGCGGGAAAUUUGAAUUCACCACAGGUAAGGGGGGAUUUUUAGCUAAAAAUCAUGAAAAAUGAUGAAUUUUAUGCUAGAAAUGAUGAAAAUUCAAAUUUUGAGAAGAAAAUGAGCUAAAAAUCAUGAAAAAUGAUGAAUUCCGAGCAAAAAUUGAUCAAAAACAGCAAAUGCGCUCUAUUGAACUAUCCCCAUUUUUAUGAAAUAUUCAAAUUUUCAUUUUUUUUAAAUUUGAACGUAAAUUGAAGCUUUUGGCGCCAAAAAAUCCACGUGACAGAGAAAUUUUUGGUUUUCUAUUGAUUUUUACGAAAUUCUAGAAUUUCAGCCAUUUUCAGCAUCCAAAAAUCAAUAUUUCCAGAACAAUAUUCCACUUCAUUCACCUCCUGUCAAUUUUAAUCGAUCUUCUCCGUCGAAUUCUGCUUCAAAUUCUUCGCAAUUUCAAUCGGGUCAACAGCAACAAGCCGAAGAUGAAUAA